AGGCGGCCACGUUCCAAUCCGUGCAGCGGGGUUCGGGUUGUACUAAUCCCAUCCCGGCAGCCCCUUAGAGCUUUAGACAGUUUCAUGACAGAAUGCAUGAUUUCACUAUGGAUAAAGAGGCAAGUCGUUUGGAAAAGGACUAUGUUCAUAAUGUCUAUGAGAGGAUCGCCCCUCAUUUCAAUGACUCUCGUUAUAAGGCCUGGCCCCGAGUACGACAGUUCCUCUUGGAACAAGAACCUGGCAGUCUCAUUGCAGAUGUUGGAUGUGGAAAUGGAAAGUACCUUUGUAUCAACAAGCAGGCCUACAACGUAGGUUGUGACUAUUGUCUGCCCCUAGUAGAAUCAGCAAGGGAGCAGAGCUAUGAAGCCAUGGUAUGUGACAGCCUGCAUUUACCUUAUCGGAAUCAGUGUUUUGAUGCCAUUCUAUCAAUAGCAGUGGUACACCAUUUUUCCACAAAACAACGUCGUAUUCAAGCAAUAAAAGAAAUGGCAAGGAUUUUGCGAGUGAGAGGGAAAAUGAUGAUCUACGUAUGGGCAAUGGAACAAAAUCGACGUAAAUUUGAAAAGCAAGAUAUUUUUAUUCCGUGGAACCCUACACCACCACCAUCAAAAUCAUCAAGGUCCAAAAUUCUAAAUGAACAAAGUACAUCAUUCCAACAAAUUAAUAAUGAAUUUUUUCACAAAGACAAACCUUUAAAUUCAAAUAGGUUGCCUAACAAUGAAUUCAAUAUGUGUAAGAAAUACAUUAAAGGAAACCAAGUAUCCUCUUUGGUACUGGAGAAUACGUUAUUGGUUGCAAAAUCUUUAAAUCUGUGGAUAUUUUCUCAAUCACUGAAUUCUUCACCCCAGUUUAGCAGCAAUAAUAGAACAAAAUCCCCUAAAGAGGUACGAAUGCUUUGGGAUUAUAUUACUUCAUUUAAAACAAAUAAUAAGUCCUUUGAACAAGGAAAAACUGACAAUGUGACCAGAUUUGAAUCUAAUGUAUUUUCCUAUGGGCAGAGUUCUGAAGAUGUCUUUGAUGUCCUUUCCAAGUCACGAUCACUUAACCAUUACAACGGUUCAGAUCCACUCACCUCAUUCUUUGAACAUCCAUGCAUGGGAUCAUUUAAAAUGCAGGAGUCUUCUGGCAUUUUACGUAGCUGUUCUGAAGUUUCCUUGCCUGAUCUUACUUCACGGGCCUUGUUCCAAAAUGAGUCUCUGAACUGUCCCAAUGAAAAUAAAUCCACAAAUGACUCUACCUUUGAGAGCAUCAACAACGUGCAUCCACAAAUGCAGAGAAAUGUGACUACUGACUCAAGUAAUUGGCCUUUGGAGACUCACGUAUUGGCAAAAGGCAAAAAAGAUCAGAUUAAUUACAACAGUACUUGCCUCAGAUACUAUCAUGUUUUCAAACAAGGGGAGCUUAUUGAACUCAUAGAAAAGCACAUUGAAGAUCUGCAAGUGAUUCAAACAUAUUAUGAUCAUGCUAACUGGUGUGUUGUUGUGGAAAAAGUCAGAGCUUGCAAAAUUUGAGACUACAUCAGCACCUUGCUCUGAGAGUAAGGCCAGUAAUUAGUUUUAAAUUUUUGUAUCUUUUGGAAGUGUCAGCAUAUAGUUUUCAUGUGCUUUAUUUAAUUUGUGUGUUAUUGAUGUGCCUUUUAACAUUGCAGGUAGUGACAAUAAGUGAACAAUACAUUGUAACCUGCAUUGCCAAAUGUUACCACUGUGAUAGCUAAAACUUUGCAAUCUUAAUUCAAUCAUUUUAAUUUCAUUGCCUUGAAAUGUUUUAAUAACUAAUAUGGUAAGCUACUAGCAAAACCUUGCUAACUUAUUUUACACUACAAUUACGUGUACAAUUUAUUGUGUUUUUAAAUUAAUUAUGGGAGUUGUCAAUAAAUGCCAUAUAUACCCUCUGAUUAAAAUUUUGAUGCAGGGAAAUUAACUUUCUUUUCUGCCUGGUCACAAGAAUAUUUUGCAGUCCAAGGUUGUGCCUAUUUUUGAUUUCUAAGCAUCUAUCCUUGGCUAGAGUAUCCUGCAAUAUUGUCUCAAAGAUAGUAUAGUUUGUUUAAUUGCAGGUCUCGAUUCCAGUACUGAUCACAAUCUUAUUGCUAGUGAAACAGACACUUUUUCUCCUCAAAUCAGCAAAUGAUCCUUAUACAAUUAUCAAAGCUUUGAUUAAACUCUACCUGAAACAGUA